AGAGAGAGGCAGGGAGACAGAAAAAGAGUGUGGGGAAGGUGAGAAAGCAAGAAGAGGGCAACUGCUUGGGGAAGAAAGAGAGAAGAGGAAAGAAGAAGAAGAGAAGAAGAAGAAGAAGAGGAAAAGAAGAGGAGAAAAGAACCAAAAGGAGGCAGAAACAGUCUUAAGUCAAAAGAGGAAGGCCAAGGAGCAGACAGGCUACGAAAUGGCAUUGCUCCUGUGGCUGGGGUCCCAGCUGUCAUCCUGCUGGAGCAACAUCUCUAUACUAGGAGUUUUUCUUACAGUCUUUGCUUUAGUUUUUGACUUCAUGAAGCGCAGGAAGAAGUGGAGCCAUUACCCGCCGGGCCCGGUGUCGCUGCCGUUCAUUGGGACCAUGCUGUAUGUUGACUACCGCAACCCCCACCUCUCCUUCAACCAGCUUCGCAAGAAGUUUGGAAACGUCUUCAACCUCCAGAACUGCUGGACCAACCUGGUAGUACUGAACGGGUAUAAAACAGUGAAGGAAGCCCUAGUCCACAAAGCAGAGGACUUUGCUGACCGGCCGUAUCUUCCAAUAUAUGAACAUGUGGGCUACGGGAGUAAAUCUGAAGGGAUUGUUAUAGCAAGAUAUGGACACGCCUGGAAGGAGCUAAGAAAAUUCACACUCUCUACCUUGAGGAACUUUGGGAUGGGAAAGAAGUCCUUGGAGGAGCGAGUGAUGGAGGAAGCGAGAUUUCUGUGCUCUGCAGUGAAUUCUGAAGAAGGUCGUCCUUUCGAUUUACGUUUUCUUGUAAAUAAUGCAGUCUGCAACGUGAUCUGCACCACUAUCUAUGGGGAGCGUUUUGACUAUGGUGAUGAAACAUUCAAAAAGCUGUUACAUUUGUUUGAAAACUCCCUGAAAGAAGAAGCUGGAUUCCUGACUCAGCUUCUUAACGUGGUGCCCAUUUUGUUGCGCAUCCCUGGAGUGCCACAGAAAGUCUUUCGAGGGCAAAAGGAGUUCAUGGACUUUGUAGACGUGCUGAUAGAUAAGCACAUGGAGACCUGGAACCCUGCUUACAUCCGAGAUUUCACUGAUGCAUUUUUAAAGGAAAUGGAGAAGGGUAAGGUGGCUGAAGAGAACGGUUUCAACUAUAACAACCUUCGUCUAGUGACCGCUGACCUGUUUGCAGCUGGUUCUGAGACCACCUCCACCACCCUCCGGUGGGCACUUCUGUACAUGCUUCUCCACCCGGAAAUACAGAGUAAGGUCCAAGCAGAGAUUGAUAAGGUGAUUGGCAGAGAGAGAUCACCCACCAUGAAGGAUCAAGUGAGCAUGCCCUACACCAAUGCUGUGAUCCAUGAAGUGCAACGCUACGGGGACAUUGCUCCUAUUGGACUACCUCACAUGACGUACCGGGACACCGAGUUGCAAGGCUUCUUCAUUCCCAAGGGGACGACAGUCAUUACCAACUUGUCUUCCGUGCUGAAGGAUGAGGCAGUCUGGGAGAAGCCGAAUGAGUUUUACCCCAAACACUUCCUGGAUGAGAACGGGCAGUUUGUGAAACCAGAGGCCUUCUUGCCUUUCUCAGCAGGUCGCCGUGUCUGCCUGGGGGAACAGCUGGCCAGGUUGGAGCUCUUUAUUUUCUUUACCACGCUCCUGCAAAAAUUCACUUUUGUGCUCCCCGAAGACCAGCCCAGGCCACGGGAGGAUGGUCACUUUGCCCUCACAAGCUCCCCACAGCCAUACCUGUUGCGAGCUGUCCCAAGAUAAGUGCACAUCACUCUCCUUUCACUCACAGGCACCAACGCAAACUCUGUCAGAAAUGUUGCAGGUCUAGGCAGGAUCAUGUCGGGUUCCACUCAAGACCUCUUAAGUCUGUGCAGCUGUCCCCAGCUGUGAAAGUAAGGAUAUGGCCCAAUAUAUAGUUUAGCUUAAUUCCAGUCUUUGAUCUUGAAUCAGACAGCCAUAGCAAGUUAUGAAUGGCGAUCAAGUUUGCAAGUACCUAUAAGCCCAAUCAGCCAGCUUUGCUGUACUCUGCAUUCUCAUCAGUUGCAGAAGCAGUUCACUGAGCACACAGCUACUAAAAUAAAUAUUACUCCUGAAUUAUUUUACUGGAAUACAAGGGUAUCCUGGGUCAAAGGCAACCCUGGGGUCUUGGCACUUCUAGGAGCAAAAAAACUUGGAAAAAUCUUUAAGGUACUCUGCCUCCCCCACGGUCUACCCUGAAGCAGCCUGUGCCUCUGCCAGGCGCCCAGGGGAGUCCAGCUCUGGCUCGGAUCCUGAAAAAACAAUCCAGGGCCGCUCAGCUGAUUUGGCAUGUGCUGCUGGUGGGCAGGGCAAGAGAUUCAGCUCCAACAGCAAGGUGACAUCUAACUGCAGUUUCGGAGCGGUGCUCCUGAGAAAUCUUACCAUCUGAUACAUAUGUAUCCCCCUUGUUCCUUCCUGCUUAUUGCAUACUCCCCACUACUGCACACAUAUUGCACUGCCUUCAUUUAUAGCCCCAAAGAAAGCAAGUUUUAAUCCUGACAACCCCUCUGUCACGCUCCAGUAGGAGUAAAUACCAAGAAGGAGUACAUAAAUAAUCCAUAUGGCAUUUCAGCCACAGAAGAAGGUAAUUUGUGAAAUAAAUUCCUGUAUUUCAGAUAAAUCCUGAUGUUUAGUUUUACAAUAAUUAUGUCCUGAAAACUGCUUUUUCUCGGCACUACAUAAAUUCAGCUGUUGAGUGGGUUUGGAACUCACAAAGGGAUGGAGUUACACCGUUUGAAACAGUACAGUUGUAGGUUUCAGAGAUACCUUUCUCUUUCUUCCUGCAAUAUUCUUGACAAAUUGUUUUUCAAGAUGUUAAGAUAUGCUGAUGGUUAGAUUAGUAACUACCUUUUAACCACAUAACUGAAAAGACUACAGCAUAAAGGAGCUUCUAUGCAUAACCACAGCUAAAAACCCCAUAAUCUCUGAAACUGAGUGCAUGUGUGUACACACAUUCAUAUAGGGAGAAACAAGCCCACAUAUAUUAAAAAAAAAGUUUUACUGGGGACAAAGUCAGUGGAGCAAAGAAUACAGUGCUGAGCGCAGUGGCACAACCUGCCCCAGCAGGGGCUUCUUUUUAUAGUUCCAGUUCUCCUUUUUGUACCUGCACAGUUCCUUCUUCUUGGUUUCUUUAAGGCUGUCUCUCCCUGCACUUUUCCACUGCUUCACUACUUCUUACCACAAAACAGACAGCUGCUGAGCAGGGGAGGCAACCACAAUGUUAUAUGUAACCUUCGGUUUAAACAUGAAAUCAAAUAAAGAACAAUGCAACAAAACCAAGCCAA